GAUAAAUAUGCAGAGCCGGGGCUCGGCGCAGCACAGCCCGCGCGCCGCCUGCUCCGGGUGCUGAAGGCGCCGCCGCCCCGGGCCCGCCGAGCCGGGAGCGCGUCCGCGUCCGCGCAGCCGCCGCCGAGCACCGAGGGCUCCCGCAUGCCAGGUCGCUGGAGGUGGCCGCGAGACAUGCAACCGGCCCGGAAGCUCCUCAGCCUCCUCUUCCUCAUCCUGAUGGGCACCGAACUCACUCAAGUGUUGCCCACCAACCCUGAGGAGAGCUGGCAGGUGUACAGCUCUGCCCAGGACAGCGAGGGCAGGUGUAUCUGCACAGUGGUUGCCCCCCAGCAGACCAUGUGCUCACGGGAUGCCCGCACAAAACAGCUGAGGCAGCUGCUGGAGAAGGUGCAAAACAUGUCUCAAUCCAUAGAGGUACUGGACAGGCGGACUCAGAGAGACCUACAGUACGUGGAGAAGAUGGAGAACCAGAUGAAAGGACUGGAGUCCAAGUUCAAACAGGUGGAGGAGAGCCAUAAACAGCACCUGGCCAGGCAGUUCAAGGCGAUAAAAGCGAAAAUGGAUGAACUUAGGCCUUUGAUCCCUGUGUUGGAAGAGUACAAGGCCGAUGCCAAAUUGGUAUUGCAGUUUAAAGAGGAGGUCCAGAAUCUGACGUCAGUGCUUAACGAGCUGCAAGAGGAAAUUGGCGCCUAUGACUACGAUGAACUUCAGAGCAGAGUAUCCAAUCUUGAAGAAAGGCUCCGUGCAUGCAUGCAAAAACUAGCUUGCGGCAAGUUGACGGGCAUAAGUGACCCGGUGACCAUCAAGACCUCUGGCUCAAGGUUCGGAUCCUGGAUGACGGACCCCCUGGCCCCAGAAGGUGACAACAGGGUCUGGUACAUGGACGGCUACCACAACAACCGCUUUGUCCGCGAGUACCGAUCCAUGACUGACUUCAUGAGCACGGACAACUUCACCUCCCACCGGCUACCGCACCCCUGGUCCGGCACGGGGCAGGUGGUCUACAACGGCUCCAUAUACUUCAACAAGUUCCAGAGCCACAUCAUCAUCAGGUUCGACCUGAAGACGGAGACGAUCCUCAAGACGCGCAGCCUGGACUACGCCGGCUACAACAACAUGUACCACUACGCCUGGGGCGGCCACUCGGACAUCGACCUCAUGGUGGACGAGAACGGGCUGUGGGCCGUCUACGCCACCAACCAGAACGCCGGCAACAUCGUCGUCAGCAAGCUGGACCCCGUGUCGCUGCAGGUGCUGCAGACCUGGAACACGAGCUACCCAAAGCGCAGCGCCGGCGAGGCCUUCAUCAUCUGCGGGACCCUCUACGUCACCAACGGCUACUCGGGGGGCACCAAGGUGCACUACGCCUACCAGACCAACGCCUCCACCUAUGAGUACAUCGACAUCCCCUUCCAGAACAAAUACUCCCACAUCUCCAUGCUGGACUACAACCCCAAGGACCGGGCCCUGUACGCCUGGAACAACGGCCACCAGAUCCUCUACAACGUCACCCUCUUCCACAUCAUCCGCUCCGACGAGCUGUAGGUCCCUCGGCCUGGGAGACCCAGGAUCCCCGUCCUCACCCGCCAGGACACUCCUGUGAAACAGCUGCCAAAGGACUAAGGGAACCAGUCACCACCGUGGAAAAUCAGCGGCCGCGCGGGUGCUGACGUCCCCGCGAUGCCGAGACCUCCGUGUUUCUCCGACCCAAGCCGGCGACACUUGGGAAGAAACCCGCGUAUUUGCAGCUGGAACUGCAGCCCAAGGUUCCUGGGCCCUACGCCCCUCAUCCCACCACCUUUCCCUCCAGCCCAAAAACACACUAACGGAGCAAGGCGUUGACUGUUGGCUCACUCUCCGCCGAGAACAACCCACUGUUAAGUCGCAGGGACACCUUCUCCGCCCGCAGUCAGCUCCGCUGGACGGGAUCGUCGGGGCCCACGCCUGGCGUCUGGCGAGGUCGGUGUGGGCUAAUUCAACACACACCCCUCAUGGCUCCUGUUUCUUGACCAUGUUGUCGUCCCUUAGAUUAACUGUGCCGAGACUUGAAGUAGCCCACGGGCCCGUGUCUUAGUGCUUAGUAUGCCGACGGUCGGAGUGUGUAUAUUGAACAGUUGUUGUGCCCACAUUGUUCGAAUUCGUACCCAGUAGAUAUAUCGUGCAGCGUCCUCUGUUAUUUCCUUGAGGUGGUCACUUUGUAUGUUCAGUUUAUGCAAUGAAUGUUGUAAAUGUAACGCCAUAGAUUGGAUUGAUAAGUGGGUGGUUUUUGUUUCUAAAAAGAAAAAAAAAAUCAGUGUUCACCCUUAUAGAGAUGUAAUCGAGUUCAUAUUGAUAAUAAUCAAAGAAAUUAUUCUCUUCUUGUUAAAUUAUCUGAAUAGUGUAACCACGGAUGAGAAGGGCUUAUUUAGGGAAACCUUGGUUUCUGAUGGGAAAGGAAUGCUUGGGAGGGAAACAGCGUAAGGAAGAUACAUUUUUUAAGUAAAAACGAGGAAGACUUUGUACUAUCCAACUAAGGAACAAUAAAAACAUUAGGAGACA